UACAUCACUGGGCAAACAAAAUGGCGGACAACACCGCACCGCAUGCACCCCGAGUCCCAUGUUGAACAACUGCACACAGAAGCUGCACCUCGAUCUACCCUACUGUCAAAGGACAGUCCUACAAGUGUCUGUUGCCUACACUCACAAUGGAACUGUUCGGUUGUAAUUUCCCCCUAGCCCUUGGUCUCUUGGCGGGUAUAGUGGCUCUGCUUUACAUGUACGCUAAACGGAGAAAGAGCGUUUUCAAGAAUUUUGGUAUCCCUGGACCCGACCAAAAUCUUAUCUUUGGAGGCACUCUAGAGUUCUUGAGAAAGGGAAUUGAUUUUGAAAACAAGAAUAGGAAACUGUAUGGAGAUGUACACGGAGAAUGGUUCGGCGGAAUUGCUAUGGUAACCGUCUAUGACCCAGAUAUCUUGAAGGAGGUCUUGAUCAAAGAUUUUGACACGUUUGGGGACCGUCUGGCGCUUCUUGAUCUGGACAAUUCCCCCCUCAGCACCAAUCUGUUCAGCGCGAAGGUAGACACCUGGAAACGGAUCCGGAAAAUCUGUAGUCCCACCUUUAGCGGCGGCAAACUCAGGAAGAUGAUCAAAGGGAUAAAUAUUUGUGCCGAAAAACUGACAAAGAAUUUUAUCCGUGCUGGCGAAAGCGGAGAAGAAGCUGAUGUGAAAGAAUACUUCGGCGCUUUCACCAUGGCCGCAAUUGGCAGCACUGGAUUCGGGAUUGACAUCGAUUCUCAGAACGACUUCAACAACAACUUUGUCAGAGAAACCAAGAAAGUGUUGGAUAAUGCAUUCCUGAGCAACAUAGCCAUACUCAUUAUAAUGUUGUUCCCCGAACUGCGGCCGCUGGUGAAGUGGACUGGAAUUGGAGCUUUCUCUGCGUCCACCAAGAGGUUCUUCAUACAAGCCGUCACUGACAUGAUAAAACAGAGGAAGAAUGACUCGAAGGAGGAGAGAGAGAGGAGGGUCGACUUCCUGCAGCUCAUGCUAGAUGCCGAGGAUGAUGGUGCCGACCACGAUGCAGCCAAGACUGGAGAUGAAGCAGCUCAGAAAUCAGCCAAUAAAUUGACGGCGGAGGAGAUGAUAGGUCAGGCGUUUAUAUUCAUCUUGGCUGGAUACGAGACCACAGCGAGCACUCUACAGUAUGCUGCGUACAUCCUUGCAACUCAACCUGGCGUGCAGGACAAACUGGCAGAGGAAAUAUCAUCAGUGCUUGGAGACGAAGAGCCUGAUUAUGACAAUAUCCAAAGACUGACGUUCAUGGAUCGAGUGGUGAAUGAGACACUGAGACUCUUCCCUGCAGCCCCUGGAACUUCCCGGUACGUCUCCAAGACAACAACAAUUAAGGGAUGGACUUUUCCUGAAGGGACAUACGUCAACGUCCCCAUCCUCUUCCUUCACAGAGACCCGGACGUGUACCCUGAACCGAACAAGUUCAACGCAGAGAGAUGGGAGAAAAAGUCUGAGAUCAACCCAAUGUUCUUUUUGCCAUUUGGGCAUGGGCCACGUCAGUGUAUUGGAAUGAGGCUUGCCCUGGUGGAGGUUAAGGUCGCUCUCGUCCACGUGAUCAGGCACAUCCGGUUUGUGAGACUGGUCGACACGCCGGACGAGCUGACAGAAUUUAAAACUACGGGCGUUCUCCAACCAAAGACACCGAUCAAGUUGAAGAUAGAACUCCGGUGACAGGCUAUGUGAUGACUUGAAACUUGACAUCACUGCUACUGGCGCAUUUGCAUAUCACGUAACUGGACGUUUCUCAUUUGUCAACGAACGUGCCUUUUCUGAAAUUAACGUAUUUAGCAUAAAUCAUAUACUACUACUUCUACUACUACUACUACUACUACUACUACAACUACUACUACUACUACUAUUACUACUACAACUACUACUACUGCUACUGCUACUACUACUACUACUACUGCCACUACUACUGCUACUACUACUGCUGCUUCAUUGAGAUACAUAACAUGAUGAAAAAUAUGCAAUACCCUCAAAUAAGUUCGACGCAACCGGGAAUUCCACACAUCUUGUUCGAGACAUCAGGGUAAAAUAAAUAUAAGGAAAUCGGCAGAGGCGAGAGAUGAGUUCGGCACAACCGAAAAUUCGUCUCAACCGAGUUCGAGACGUUGGGUUCGAGUGUAUAUUGACCAUGAAAGGAGUGACGAAUCGUCGCAUGGCGGGUGCCUGUGGCAGAGGUUCUAUGCCGGCUGCCUUGAACGUUGGAUAGCAGAGUGAUGAGAGAGACUGAUGUACUUCAACUACACAUAUUGUUUUUAUGACAAUCGCUUCACAAAACCAAUACGAUACACCCGCGGGUGUGCUAAUUUCUUAAUCAUUCAUUAACAUUAAGAGGUUUGUUAGUAAGCUUAUCAUAUAUCAACCCCCUCCCCAUUCCAUAGGUGGGGUAGCCUAGUGGUUAAAGCGUUCGCUUGUCACACUGAAGACCCGGGUUCGAUUCCCUACAUGGGUACAAUAUGUGAAGCUCAUUUCUGGUUUCCCUCGCCGUGAUAUUGCUGGAAUAUUGCUUAAAGCGGCGUAAAACUAAACUCACUCACUUGUAAUCACUUCAUUGUUUAUAUGUGUUUAUCGGUUAUUGUCGGAACUACCGAUUGGGUUUUAUUAAACCCUACAACAGUUACCUACUAAUUAUGGCUGUUCUCCGUCGGAAGUUAGUAGCUCAGGCACACACGCAUUCAAA